AUGAACACCCAAAAGUGGUUUCACGGUUGGCAUUUGCCGCCAGUAAAAGGUCACGUGACUUAUUGGAUCCCCGCCAAAAAGUAUCAACGUGCAGGAGACGACCUGCGAGCAUCUAGUCGGGAAGACGCACUUUCCGUCUCACCAUCUCGACCAUACUCUUCAAACACUAGGCUUCGCAACAAGCAUUCGUCACGAACCCUAGGUAUCAAACGGGCCUUACCUCCUGUCGGAAACAACAAGCAUUCGUCACGAACCCUCGGUAUCAAACGGACCUUACCUCCUGUCGGAAACAACAAGCAUUUGUCACGAACCCACAGUAUCAAACGGACCUUACAUCCUGUUCAAAGCAACAAGGAUUCGUCACGAACCCACAGUAUCUACUGGACCUUAACUCCUGUCCAAAGCAACAAGCAUUCGUCACGAACUCGCAGUAUCAAGCGCACCUUACCUCCUGUCCAAAGCAACAAGCAUUCGUCACGAAACCUUAGUAUCAAAUGGACCUUACCUCCUGUCAAAAGUAAAAAGCAUUCGGCACGAACGAUCAUUAUCAAACGGACCUUACCUCCUGUCCAAAGCAACAAGCAUUCGUCACUAACCCUCAGUAUCAAACGGACUUUGCCUCCAUUCCAAAGCAACAUGCAUUCGUCACAAACCCUCAGUAUCAAACGGACCUUACCUCCUGUCCACAACAACAAGCAUUCGUCACAAACCCUGAGUAUCAAACGGACCUUGCCUCCUGUCCAAAGCAACAAGCAUUCGUCACGAACCCUGAGUAUGAAACGGACCUUACCACCUGUCCAAAGCAAAAAGCAUUCGGCACGAACGAUCAUUAUCAAACGAACCUUACCUCCAGUCCAAAGCAACAAGCAUUCGUCAGUAAACCUCAGUAUCAAACGGCCCUUAACUCCUGUCCAAAGAUACAAACAUUCGUCACGAACUCUUAGUAUCAAACGUACCUUACUUCUUGUCCAAAGCAACAAGCAUUUGUUACGAACCCUCAGUAUCAAACGGACCUUACCUCCUGUGCAAAUCAAGUAG